CUCCCGUCCGGACCCGUACACUCAUCCGUCCGAGCCAUGCACCUGAGCGCGUGCGAGUCGUGCCACUCGCUGGUGGUGCUCUGCAUCCUCCUGAGGAGUUGCCAGGCCUUCAGGAACGACGCCACGGAGCUGCUGUUCACGCGCGUGACCGCGCCGGUGCCCCCGGAGGUUCAGAGCAACGUGACCCUGAACCGCGCGCGGACCGGGGGGCGAGGAGCGGCCGGCGGGGCGCACGACCGAGGAGAGCGAAGCCAAAUCGGAUGCAGAGAGCUGAGGUCCACGAAGUACAUCUCCGACGGCCACUGCACCAGCAUCAACCCCAUCAAGGAGCUGGUGUGCGCCGGCGAGUGCCUCCCGGCUCAGAUGCUCCAAAACUGGAUCGGCGGCGCCUACGGCCGGAAGCUGUGGGGUCGCCGGGGCGGCGGCCAGGACUGGCGGUGCGUCAACGACAAGACCCGCACCCAGCGCAUCCAGCUGCAGUGCCAGGACGGCAGCGCGAGAACGUACAAAAUCACCGUGGUCACCUCGUGCAAGUGCAAGAGGUACUCGAGGCAGCACAACGAGUCGGGCAACAAGUUCGGGGAGCCGGCUCUGUCGCCGCCGCAGCUCCUGCACAAGUCCAAGAGCAAGAGGAGGCCGGGGAAGAACCGGCUCAGUGAGAACUGGCCCGACGCCGAGCCCUAAAAGACUCGCACUCUGGAAGAAAACCCCACAUGCACCUGCAGGGGUUCCGUCUCGGUGACACGGAGAGAGUCCAGAGGACGUGGAUUAUCUUCUCAAAGUGACUGGGACUUGAUUUAGGUGGCGCUGGUUCCUCGCUACGGUGGAGAACUCCAGAAGGGCACGCCGAGGACCUUUUGUGGUUCAAAGAUAAUGUGAACAGAGCCGGGGUGCAGAGCCUCCUGGAACCAACACGCGUUGUCCCCUCCGUAUACGCUCCUAUAUAUUCAUUUUAUACGCUGAUGGAGAUCCGCAGUCUAGAAACCAACACCAGUAAACGCCAAACAAUCUUCUUUUUUUUUGUAAAUACUUUGUACAUAUAAUCAAAAUUAUUACUUCCCUUUUUUUUUAA